UGAAUUGUCUCAGCCUCCGCCCUGAUGAACUGGUUGCUACUGUGCUGGGGACACAAAUAGGACCAAGUACAAUCGAUUUGAUGACUGCACGAGGGUUUGCGGCCGGCAAAUAUGACUGCAUCGGGGCCACUCAUGGCCCGGCUGAUGGCUGAUGGCACCUCUUUGUGGCAACCAAGCAUCCCCGGGGUACAAAGAAAUCCUCUGGCUGUGUGCUGGCAGGAUUUGGCCCAAACACCUUCAACACAGCCCCAAUGCCAACUUGAAAUGCGAUCCAGUAACUCCGCAAAUGUUGCUGUAGAUCCUGACCAGAGGGCCUGUUUCAAAUAGCAGUGCGACCAGGGGUACGCGCUUAAACGUCAUAAUAAUCAUUCGUGCCCCAGUCAUCUUUGCACCCUGAAUUUCUGUCUUUUGGUGAUGCCUUCUAUAUUUUCUUUGUGUGCUCACGACGUUCUUUAACCCAUUUAUGCUCCAUUAUGGCUCUGUUUGAAUCCGCCAACUGCGAUCGAAAUGCGACCGCUCCAACAGCCAGCGAUGCCGGCGUCGCAGGCGCUGGUAUCCUACUAUCGUUCAUGAUCACGGCACUGCUCGCCAUCAUAUUAUCGAGUAGCGUCAUUUUUGCCGAAAUGCGAGGGAGAGACUCGGUCAUCCGGCGGAAGCUGCUCAACGGUUAUAGCGACUCUCAAAUUAUGCAGGGAAUUGGUAUCCAGAGUGUUGGACUGGCGAAGAUGAACAGCUUGGUGCCGUAUCACUUCUUCCUCAUAUGGAUGCUGUCACUCCUUUCCAUGGCGACCCAUAACACGACACUUUUGGCUCUUAAACAAGAUUACCGCCGCGAUUGGGUAAUUCGAUGGUUGCGACAGUUUCUAAUGUUCGUCAAUUUGGCGUUGUCAUGCGUGUCUGGCGUCUUUGUUCUCGAGGGUGUUUCAAAGGGUCUUGACGACAAAACUCUCCCCAUAUCCUGCGUGUGGGAAGUUGAGGGCAAAGGCGCUGCCUCAAACGCUGGUCUUUCUUACGUCGGCACAAUCGUCGUUAUUGCUGGUAACUGCAUCAUCUUUGGCCUGGCGACCUGGUAUCUUCACAGCAAGCAGCAAAGAUUCUAUAAGAUCAUCCAGGUUGUCGGGUUGGUGUUGAUGACAGCUAUUGCAGUUGGAGCAGCGAUUCGGAUUAUCCUGCUUUCCCAAGCAUUUGGUCACCCGUCGAUCGAGCUCAAAGACAAUGGCGAGACUGUAUGGAGCUUCGGUCAGCUUCUCUCCAUGCUGCUUCUUAUCCUUCCCUUGGUCAACGUCAUUGAGAUCUACCGAGGAGAGAUCCAAGUCCCAGGUCCAAUUCGAGACGACCGAGCCAAAGUAUACGACGGUGAACUCCAGGAUAACCCACAAGGGUCGCGGACAAAUCUCUUUCAAAAGUAAGGGACAAAGUCAGGAAUUAUAUCUUGAAUUGAGAGAGAGACCACGAAUCUGGUCUUAUGAUUGGGAACGAAGGCAGGAAUUGUGAUGAAAAACAGGCUUUACUGCAAGAAAGAUACCCUCUUUUCUUUCUAUCCUUAACAAGCAAGUAUUUAGAGAUUUGAAUCAUCCUCUCGCAUUGCAGGGACUAGAUAGGUAGUUUGCGCUGGGCGCAGCUUCCUGUCUACUAACUACCUUAACUUGGGUAUCUACCAAGCCACCUAUAGAAAAUGAAAUUGACCUAUUGCGCUUGCCCGUACUCUUUCGACGC